UGACCAGUUUGAGUAACCCUAGCCCAUAGUUAAUAGAUAACCCUAAAGGCACACUUGCACUUUGUCUCCCCAAAUAGUAAAUGGAGGGUUUUGACAUAUCUUGCUGAUACACAAGCUGAAAGGACUUAUAAGCACUAUUGCAGGUUGGAUCAAAUAAGUCACCAAAGAACUAUGAUGAUGAAGGUGGGACUCCUUUUCCUCCUGACCUAUGUCUGCACCUUCACCCCUGUCUACCAAACUCAAGAGCGGAGCCCCAACAUCACAGACCUAACCUACAAGAACAUGGACUUUGCCAUGAAUCUCUACAGAAAGAUUGCAGGUUACCAUGAUGAAAACAUAUUUUUCUCACCCCUGAGCAUAUCCACAGCUUUUGCCACCCUCUCCAUGGCAGCACAGGGUCCCACACGAGACCAGAUAGUAAAGGGGCUCAACCUGGCCCACCUAGAUCGGGAGAACCAGCCAGACAUAAUUCCAGAACUCUUCCAACACCUCCAAGGGAACAUCACACAAGAUGGAUCAAUGAAAUUUGACCAGAGCACCGCCCUCUUCGUCCGCCUAACUUUUGAGGUAGAGAGAGACUUCAGUGACCAGAUCAAGAAAUUCUUCAACGCUGACAUCAACAAUGUUGACUUUGCAGAUAGAAAAGCUAGCGUUGCCCUGAUCAAUGACUACAUAAUGAGAAAGACUGGUAACAAAGUCAAGGAGGUGGUCUCUAACUUGGAUCCACUCACCCAACUCAUGCUCAUCAACACCAUUUUCUUUCAGGGUGAAUGGCAGAUGCCCUUCAACCCCAAUCACACAGAAAAUGGACGCUUCUUUAUUGACAACUACAACAUUGUCCAGGUGCCCAUGAUGUUUAGAAUGGAGGAUAAAUUCUACACAAUGGAUGACAUUCCCCUGAAAGCCAAGGUGCUGAAGCUACCGUACCGGGAGGGCAUUUCAAUGCUUAUUCUGCUACCCAACAAAGGCCUGGAUUAUACCACAAUAGAUGACGAGAUCACAGCUAAGAGAUUCCUCAGCUGGAUCAAAAACCUGAAAAAAAUGAAACUGGAAGUUCAACUGCCCAAGUUCAAGAUGGAGCAAUCUUACGCCAUGCACAGCAUCCUUCCAGAUUUGGGCAUAUCCAGUAUCUUCCAUGACACCGCUAACCUCACUAGGUUGAGCAAAGACCCAGGCCUGAAGGUGUCAGAGGUGUUGCACAAGGCAGUGAUCGAGGUGGAUGAGAGAGGCACCACUGCAGCUGCUGCCACAGAAGGCACCAUCACUGGAUAUGCCUUACCCUCUUCCUUCAUCGUCAACCGACCAUUCUUAUUUUUUAUUUACCAUGAGGCCACUAACAGCUUGUUGUUCAUGGGCCGAGUGAUUGACCCCACCAAAAACUGAUUGUAAAGAGUACUAUGUAUUUGGUGUCUGGAGAGGUGUUGUACAUGUAAUAUGUUCAAUUUGUAUGUAUUAAAAGGUGAACAGAUA